GGGCGCCCCGCGGGCUGCUGGCUGGGCCGGCCGCGACCCCGACGCUCGCCGGCGCCGGGUGUGAGGUGGAAUGGCUAAUCGCGUUGGAGAUCGAGGCGGGGUAGAUCCAUCUCGAAUGUUUGAGGCACGGAAGGGCUUUCCAGGUGCUGCAUGCCGUCCUCCAAAUUCCAGAGGAGAAAACAGACCGCUAGAGGUUAUGUGGACAUGGGAAACUCACCAAGCAAGGUAGGAGACGACAGGGCUGACAACCCAAGGCCAAAGCUACAAGUAGGCUUCUAAGAGGUGAUCGCGGUAAAGGUCCUCCGGCACGAAGCAAAUAACAGAUUUAAGCCUCUUUAGCUUCUGGAAAAAAAAAAUGGCAGAGACCUCACCAUUGCCUUCUGGGCAUCUUGUCGUACACUCAGACACUCACAGUGACGCUGUUUUGGCCAGUUUGGAGGCUCAGAGGAAGAAAGGCUUCCUUUGUGACAUUACUUUAAUCGUGGAGAACGUGCAUUUCCGGGCCCACAAAGCCUUACUUGCUGCCAGUAGUGAAUAUUUCUCAAUGAUGUUUGCCGAGGAGGGGGAGAUUGGCCAGUCUAUCUACAUGCUAGAAGGCAUGGUGGCUGACACCUUUGGUACUCUCCUGGAAUUUAUCUACACAGGUUAUCUGCAUGCCAGCGAGAAGACAACAGAACAAAUCCUGGCCACUGCUCAAUUCCUGAAAGUCUAUGACCUGGUAAAGGCUUACAUGGACUUCCAGAACAAUCAUAGUUCUUCGAAGCCACCAACUUUGAACUGUGCUGGCACACCUGUGGUUGUUAUUUCCAGUAAGAAAAAUGAUCCUCUGAAACGCAAACGGGGAAGACCCAGAAAAAACAGUCAUUUGCAGGAGGCAAAAUCAGGACUGGCUGCAGAGGAGGAAAUUCAGUUAAGAGUGAAUCAUUCUGUUCAGAAUAGACAGAACUUUGUGGUUAAAGAAGGGGAUGGUGUGGAACUAAGUGGACAGAUUCCAGCCAAAGAAAAGGAAUCCGAGCCUGCCUGUGAGCCAGUUAGAGGAGAGGUGCUGCCGGCUGAAAAAGAUGAAAACUGUGACCCUAAGACCCAGGAUGGCCAGGGCGACCAGAGUAGGUGCAGCAAGCGGAGGAUUCGGAGAUCGGUCAAGCUGAAAGAUUACAAACUUCUUGGAGAUGAGGACGACCAGGGUUCAGUCAAGAGGGUGUGCGGAAGGAGGAAGCGCCCCAGUGGUCCUGAGGCCCGUUGUAAAGACUGUGGCAAAGUCUUUAAGUACAAUCACUUUUUAGCAAUUCACCAGAGGAGCCACACUGGGGAGCGACCCUUCAAGUGUAAUGAGUGUGGAAAAGGCUUUGCCCAGAAGCACUCCCUGCAGGUGCACACGAGGAUGCACACCGGCGAGCGGCCAUACACCUGUACCGUGUGCAGCAAGGCUCUCACCACCAAGCACUCGCUGCUGGAGCACAUGAGCCUGCACUCAGGACAGAAGUCUUUUACCUGUGAUCAAUGUGGAAAAUACUUCAGCCAGAAAAGACAGCUAAAGAGCCAUUACCGAGUUCAUACAGGCCAUUCAUUACCGGAAUGCAACCACUGCCAUCGCAAGUUCAUGGAUGUGUCUCAGCUAAAGAAACAUAUGCGAACGCACACAGGGGAGAAGCCAUUUACUUGUGAAAUCUGUGGGAAAUCUUUCACAGCCAAGAGUUCCCUUCAGACUCACAUCAGGAUACAUCGGGGAGAAAAGCCGUACUCAUGCAGCAUCUGUGGCAAGUCCUUCUCUGACUCCAGUGCCAAGAGGAGACACUGCAUCCUGCACACGGGCAAAAAGCCUUUCACCUGCCCAGAGUGCAGCUUGCAGUUUGCUCGCUUAGACAAUUUGAAGGCUCACUUGAAAAUCCACAGCAGAGAGAAGCACGCAGCCGAGAGCAACGGCAUUCCCGGUGGUAACAGUGCCGAAGAGGUCAGGAGUAUCCUUCAGCUGCAGCCGUAUCCGCUCUCGGCCUCGGGCGAGCAGGAGAUUCAGCUCCUCGUCACCGACUCGGUUCAUGACAUCAACUUCAUGCCAGGGCCUAGCCAGGGAAUCAGCAUUGUGACUGCAGAGAGUUCCCACAACGGAACCCCCGACCCGGCUGCUAAUCUCACCCUGCUUGCACAGCAGCCUGAGCAACUGCAGAAUUUAAUUCUUUCUGCUCAGCAGGAGCAGACAGAGGACAUUCAGAGCCUCAACAUGAUUGAAAGCCAAAUGGAGGCCUCACAGACAGAGCCAGUGCAUGUAAUCACACUGUCCAAGGAAACCUUGGAGCAGCUCCGUGCCCACCCACAGCAGACAGAGACACUCCAUUUAGCAGCAGCAAGUGCUUCAGGUCCGCCUCAGCACCUGCAGCUGACACAGGAGCCUGACCCGCCACCACCCACCCCUCUUGGCCAGGAGCAGAGCUGACCUGAGCCCUGUCUGACUGCUCCUGUGCCAGCAGCAACAGGGUGAUGGACGUGUUUGAAGUCAGGCUCUUUCUCCGAGACCAUCUUGCAGAUCCGUAAAGAGAUGUAGUGGCCAAACAAUAUUUAUAAUGUGCCCCAUUAGGGAAGUGAGUGUGCAUGUGUGUGUGUGAUGUCUAAUCUAUAAAACUGAUUUGCAUUUAACAUUUCAA